AUGACUAGCCCUUCAAGCACGAUUCUUAUUGAGGAUGACGAACUACCCCCGAGCUGGCGGACGUCUCUACGUAUAUCUCUUAAGACCCCAAUUGAACUAAACGAUGCUACGAGUGGUAGCAUAGAACCAUCCCGCAAACGCAAAAGGGCUAAGAGAAAACAACCUAACACUCUGGAUACCUGUUUUAAGAGACUGCGUAAGACAUUUGACGAAAGAGAUCAAGAAGUUGAAAAACUCGAUCAGGAGGUUGAAAAUCUCGAGUAA